UAUAGCUUGAUUGUGGCAUGGUUUCUAGCACAGGUGACUGGUGUAAACCUGAGCAGGGUGGGUCCGUUCAUUUGCAAUGCAUAUUGAAGGCUGGACGUCCUGGACGUACUUUCCCCGAAGUCCUUCAUUCUCACCGGGCACAAUGAGUUCAGGACUGAAGCUUUAGACCACAUUACUGUGGUGAUCUGUCCAAAAUGAACCGAAACCGCUACUCGCUUCAGGAGCCUGAUGUCAAAGAGUAUCUGGUGAAGGGAGACAGGUUCACAAAAUGGAAAGAAGACUCCAAGAAAACCACACCGGUCACCAUGAAGAUGGAUCCCAAAGGAUUUUACCUCUAUUGGAUAAACCAGAGCAAGGAAACUGAGUUUUUGGAUGUUGCCACCAUCAGAGACACGAGAGCGGGAAAAUAUGCCAAACUCCCUAAACAUCCAAAGGUUCGUAACGUCUUCAACAUGGAUUUCCCUGACAGCCAUCAUCUGGCCAAAGCGCUGACCAUCGUGACCGGACCAGACACCGUCAACCUCACUUAUCACAACUUCUUCGCUGCUAAAGAAGUGGCUCAGACGUGGGCAGACGACAUUCUGGCUAUAGCAUAUAACACACUGCGAGGAAACGCCUGCAGACAGGUCUUCCUGGAGAAAGUGUAUGUCCACCUCUCAUUGCAGACCAACAAAGAUGGAAAAAUUCCUGUUAAAAACAUCUUAAAGAUGUUUCCAGCAGACAAGAAACGAGUGGAAGCUGCUCUGGCUGCAGCAAAUCUCCCGAAGGGAAAGUUUGACACCAUUAAGCCUGAUGUGUUCACUGAAGCAGCCUUCAAGACCUUCAUACUCAAUCUGUGUCCCAGACCUGAAAUCAAUGAAAUCUUCACGUCCUUCACCAAGGGAAAGGGCUUCAUGACGAAGGAGAUGCUGGCCAAGUUUCUGAACGAGAAACAGCGAGAUUCGCGUCUCAACGAGGAGCUGUUUCCACCUGUCAGACCCGAACAGAUGAAGAAUCUCAUCGAGAAGUACGAGCCCAGCUCGUCCAACGCCAGCCGCGGUCAGAUUUCUCCAGAAGGUUUGAUGUUUUAUCUGAUGGGGUCUGAAACAUCGGUGGUGAAACUGGACAAACUGGCCCAGAGUCACGAUAUGACCCAACCCAUCCCACAUUACUUCAUCAAGUCCUCCCACAACACCUAUCUCACCGCCGGGCAGCUGACGGGUGUCUCGUCUCCGGAGAUGUACCGCCAGUGUCUCCUCGCUGGGUGCCGCUGUCUGGAGCUCGACUGCUGGAAGGGCAAACCACCGGAUGAAGAGCCAAUCAUCACCCACGGCUUCACCAUGACCACCGAGAUCCUCUUCAAGGACGUGAUUGAAGCGAUCGCUGAGAGUGCCUUCAAAACGUCCAAGUAUCCUGUUGUGCUUUCAUUUGAGAACCACGUGGAUUCCGUGAAGCAGCAGGAGAAGAUGGCUCACUACUGCAGGACCAUCUUUGGAGACGCUCUGCUCGUUGACGUACUGGAAAAAUAUCCCCUGAAGCCGGGUCAUCCGAUGCCGAGUCCGUCUGAGCUGAUGGGUAAAAUCUUGAUCAAGAAUAAGAAAAGCAGCACACCUGCCAGCAAACCCGAACAGGCCAAGAAAGCGUCUGGUCCAGAGCAAGCAAACGAAGCUGCGGACGACACUGAGUCCAACCAACCCGCUCCACCUAACCCAGAGAACAGCGACCCGCCGCAUGCAACCGAUGACCGUGAAGAGCAUGAUGACCACGAUGAACAGGACGAAGAGAAGAUGAAGAACUCUGACGAGGGAACCGCUGGACAGGAAGUGACAGCAUACGAGGAGAUGUCAGCUCUGGUCAACUACGUACAGCCCAACAAAUUCAUCUCUUUUGAGAACGCAGCCAAAAAAAACAAGAGUUUUGUCAUCUCUUCAUUCGUGGAAACCAAAGGAGAGAGUCUGAUCGCUAAGAGCGCUGUGGACUGGGUGGAAUAUAAUAAGAGGCAGAUGAGUCGUAUCUAUCCUAAAGGAACCCGUGUGGACUCUUCAAACUACAGUCCUCAGCCCUUCUGGAGCGCCGGCUGUCAGUUUGUGGCCCUCAACUACCAGACUAUGGACUUCCCCAUGCAGCUGAACAUGGCUCUGUUUGAGUUUAACGGCAGGACGGGUUACCUCCUCAAACACGACGUGGUCCGUCGCAGCGACAAGAAGUUCGAUCCCUUCACCGACCGGAUUGACACCAUCAUCGCCAGCACUCUCACCAUUAAGAUUUACUCCGGUCAGUUCCUGUCGGAUAAACACGUGAAGACCGGAGUGGAGGUCGAGCUCAUCGGUUUGCCCAAAGACCCCAAACGCAAAUACCGCACCAAAUGGAGCACGACGCCCAACGCCAUCAACCCCGAGUGGAACGAGGAGCCGUUCGUCUUCGAGAAGAUCUUGCUGCCGGAGAUGGCUUACCUCAGACUCGUGGUUCAGGAGGAGGGUGGAAAGUUCCUGGGUCACCGAAUCAUCCCUCUGGACGCUCUGCAGACAGGUUUCCAGCACAUCGGUCUGCGCACAGAGAGCAACAUGCCGCUCACGCUGCCAUCUGUGUUCGUGCACAUCGAGGUCAAGGACUACAUCCCUGCUGCAUUCGCUGAUUUCUCGGAUGCACUUUUCAAUCCUGUGAAGACUUCGAAGCCACCGAAGACUGAGAGUUUAACAUACGUGUGUGAAUAUGAGUUACCUCUCGCUGACGGAGCCCAGACACCUGCCGCAGAACCGAAGGCCGCAGAAGCAGCUCCAGCAUCAUCAGAGACUGAAGCUGCAGUUCCUCCAGCAGAGGGCGACACUGCAUCACCUGAACCCAAACCUGAAGUAAAACCAGAACCUGAACCCAAACCUGAGGAGAAAACUGAACCAGAGCCCGAACCUGAAGUAAAACCAGAACCUGAGCCCAAACCUGAGGAGAAAACUGAACCAGAGCCCGAACCUGAAGUAAAACCAGAACCUGAGCCCAAACCUGAAGUAAAACCAGAACCUGAACCCAAACCAGAGGAGAAAACUGAACCAGAGCCCGAACCUGAAGUAAAACCAGAACCUGAACCCAAACCUGAGGAGAAAACUGAACCAGAAGCUGCUGCUGAUGCAGACGCUGUCGUCACAGAGACCAAAGAAUCCAGUGAGGAAAGCCCAUCUGAUCCAUCAGACAUCACCACUGUGACCUGUGAAGAACUGCAGCAGCACAAGAACUUCCUGAAGGUCACCAAGAAACAGGAGAAAGACCUGAAAGACACGGAGAAGAAGUUUCAGAAGAAACGAGAAGAACUGCUUCAGAAAUACAGCGACCAGUUCAAAGCCUUGAAGAAGAAGAAGUCUGGAGAUGAUCCCGGUGACCAGGUGAAUGAACUCAAGCAGAAGCUGAAGUCGGAGCUCAGGGCUCUGCUGGUCGAGCAACACGAUCAAAUCAAGAAGAAGAAAGAACAGAACAACACUGAGCGUUUGACCAAACUCCUGGAAAUGGCCACAGAGAAGCACUGCAGUGAGAUCAAGGCACUCAACAGUGAGCCCAAGAAGAAAGACAAAAUGAAGAAAUGCAAAAGUACGGAGCAGCUUGACAACGAUAACGCACAGUCGGCAGAUAAGAGCAGCGCUGAUGCUUCACCGCAGGAACAGAGUCUGAAGAAGAAACAGGCGGCUACACUGGCCAGCAUCAGAGAACUGAUCAUUCAGCUGAAUAAAGACGCUGUGACCGAACAUGUGAAGAAGAUGUGGUCUCUGCCCGGUGACCUGUCCGAGGCCGUCAACUCCUGCGUCCAGACGCAUUUCCCCGAGCAUGUGGAGAAGGCCGGAGAGAGCCGCUCCGAGAACACCGGACAGUUCAACCAUGUGUUCGUGGGAUGAGCUCCAUCU